AUGUCUAACAAGUUAGAAGAACCUCCAGAUAAUUUUUUGGAACUUCCAAUCUUGCCGACAAAAGGAGAGCUACAAGAGGACGCUAUUCCAUUUAUCCGCUGUGCGAAGAUUGACGAAGGAUAUGAAGAUGUACACCAGUACCUCGAUGUUCAGUUCCGCCUCUUGAGGCAAGACUUCAUCAUUCCACUUAGAGAAGGAAUUGCAGAAUUCAAGAAAAAUCACGGCAAACCAGGUUUCAAAUCAUCAAAUUUGAAAUUUUCAUUUAACGUACGGAUCGUUGGGACCAUAGUUGACAAAAGAAUUGAUCACGUUCUUCAUGUCGAUGAUGUUAAAUUUCAACGUUUCCGAUGGGAAAAUUCAAAACCCUUACUGUUUGGUUCUCUUUUAUGUCUGUCAAAAGAUAACUUUGAAACCGUUAUCUUUGCAACUGUGACACAGGAUAUAUCACAGCUGGAAAAGGGAUUUAUUGUUGUCAACUUUAAAACAGGUAUUGAUGAAGUUUUCCACUCUACAUUCAGUGAUGUGUAUGUCAUGGCCGAGACAACCACUUACUUUGAAUCUUAUUGUCAUGUGCUUGAAGGCCUUAAAAUGAUGACCCAAAAAAUACCACUGCAAGAUUACAUCAUCUACUGUAAGGGAGAAUUGAAACCACCCAAGUACUUGCUAUCCUCUGGUAGCUUACCGGUCUAUGAUUUAUCAUGUUUAAUGCACAAUAAAUUAUCACGCAUGGUUCCUGUUCUUACAACGGUCAAAUGGCCAAACGCUGAUGCAAUGUGCUUAAAUGAAUCCCAGACAUCAGCUGUCCAGUUAGCAUUGACCAAAGAGUUGGCAAUCAUUCAAGGGCCUCCAGGCACUGGGAAAACAUAUGUAGGACUCAAGGUCAUGCAAGCCUUUAUCGAGAACCAGGAAACAAUAGCAGGACAUAAAAAGAAACGUGGUAACCCUAUCCUUGUCAUCUGCUACAAAAACCAUGCCCUUGAUCAGUUUCUUGAAGGUGUUCUUACCUUUUGUCCUGAGGGUAUCGUUCGUGUUGGUGGCCAGAGCAAAUCAGAAAAACUAAACAUGUUCAACUUGCACAGCCUGAAGGACAAGUGGAGAAAAGGGAAAAGAAGAAUUAUAUUUGACAGUUCUAGAAUGGAAGAGAUUUCUGGCACAAUAAGUAACCUUAAUCAAACCAUGGAGCUGCUACAAACAGAUAUUGUAAAAGACCAAACUAUAACUAAAUAUAUGAAAGUCAUACAUCUAAAAUCUUUUUUUGAUGAAAGAUUGAAAAUAAAGAAUGGUGAUUCACUUAUACGUGCGUGGCUUUUUACUCCCAAACACACAACCCAGUCAGUACUAUCUCAGAUGGUCAGGCAGCAUCUGACUAUGCUUGUUUUAAGAACUAAAGAAGUGUCAAAGAAGGUAACAUUAUCACCAGGCAUGGACAUAAUCCAGAGAGCACAUUUCUACUGUUAUUAUUUAAAAAGGUUUGAACAUGAACUCAAAGGAGAAAUGCAAUAUCUUUCCACUCAGCAAUCAUCUCCAGCUAGCCGUAAAAGAAUAUAUGAAAUACAGCACUGGCUAAACACUGCAAAAACACAAAUAUUGCCUGAUCACCAACUUAAUAUGGUUCUACAUCAAAAAGAAUUUAAAAUGAUAUGUGAGUAUUCCAGUUUACUUAACAAGACGGUGAAUGAUAGUGAUGACAAAAUUAUUGAAAACUGGAUUCUGAGGCCCGACAAAAGUCUUCACCAGCAGCUGGAUGAUGUCCAGUUGCUAGCAAAGAAAAACGAUCAUCAGAAAGACGAACAGGAAUCCUUGGGUCCUGAUUAUGUGUUCAUAAAAGAACAAAAUGAUCGCAUGGUUGAUGCCGAUGUCAUUCACCAAAACAGAAUUAGGACCCAAGUUAAGGCUGCUGUCAACAGUGUGACGUCUGCCGUUAAGAGAGCUGAAGCACUUGGCAUUAGAGACGAUGUGUUGAUGGAAGAUGAUUUGGACAGCAGUGAAUGGAAAACUGUGUCCAAGGGUAAAUUAAAUUUGCGAACCAUGCACAAAAAGCUGCGGUUCAUUAAACCAAUGACAGAAGAAGAAGAGAGCAACGUGACGUCCCUGUGGAGUUUAGAGCUGGACAAAAGGUUUGCCCUGUAUAAUUUGUGGGUGCACAGAUACAAACAGGAUCUUACUGAGCAAAUGAAAGACCUUAUCAUCGAGUAUAAGUCUGAACAAGAUAAACAAAGGGAUGCUGAUAAUCUCGAGACAAUAGAUUUGCUAAGCGAAGCUAAAGUGAUUGGAAUGACAACUUCUGGAGCCGCCAGACUCAGGGGUGUCCUACAAGCUGUAGGCUGUAGAAUUAUAGUUGUUGAAGAAGCAGCAGAAGUCUUGGAAUCUCACAUUGUGACAUCUCUAAACAAACACUGUAAACAUCUCAUCUUAAUCGGGGAUCAUCAACAGCUGCGACCCAACCCAACAGUCUACCAGCUGGCCAAAGACUUUGGUCUUGAAAUCUCCUUGUUUGAGAGGCUCAUCAAGAACAACAUUCCACAUGUAAUGUUGAAAGAACAACACAGAAUGCGACCAGAGAUUUCUCAAAUAAUGCGUCAUAUCUAUCCAGAUCUUAAAGACCACCCAUCUGUCAUAGACUUUGACAAUAUCCAGGGCGUCGGAAAGAAUAUUUUCUUCAUUCAACAUGAACACAUUGAAACAUGUUUGGAUGAAUCAAUGAGCAAAGCAAACACAUACGAGGCAAGGUUCCUUGUAGCCUUCUGCAAGUUCCUGUUACACCAGGACUACAAGGUAUCACAGAUUACAAUCCUUGCAACAUAUUCAGGUCAAGUUUUUGAAAUCAGAAAAGUCAUGAAAGAACAAAAGCUAGACCCCAACGUUUUGGUGACAACUGUGGACAACUAUCAGGGUGAGGAAAAUGAUGUCAUUCUUUUGUCUCUUGUCCGAAGCAACGAUGAAAAUCAGGUUGGCUUUCUCAAAGUGGACAACAGAGUCUGUGUGGCUUUGUCAAGAGCCAGGAAAGGGUUGUUUGCUAUUGGUAACCUACAGCUUUUCGCUCAACACAGCAAGCUUUGGAAAAAGAUCGUUAAAACUGCCAUUGCUGAAGACACUAUUGGUCGUGGUCUACCGGUGCAUUGCCAUAACCACCCAGAUGUUCGGGAAAUUAUGAUUUCUGAAAAAGAUUUCCUUAAAUUUCCAGAAGGAGGCUGUGGGCAGCCAUGUGAGUUCCGGCUGGACUGCGGACAUAUUUGUUCCAUGAUGUGUCAUGGGUAUGAUCUUGAUCACAUCAUCUACCAAUGCGAAAAGCCAUGCGCUAGAACGUGUUCCGCUGGACAUCCCUGUAAGCAAUUGUGCUAUGAGAAGUGUCUUUGUCCAGUGCUGGUACUGAAACAGAUGCCGUGUGGCCAACACGAAGAUCAAAUCCAAUGCCAUGUCCUAGUAGAGACUAUUAUCUGUCCAUUCAGCUGCAUUAGCGUAUUAGACUGUGGACACCCAUGUACCGGUUUUUGUGGUCAGUGUAGAGACAUAUGUGAACACGAUAAAUGUGUUGUUGAAAUUGACCAUAAAUGGCCAUGUGGGCAUAAUGAAACUGUACUUUGUUAUACAACAAAGUUGGACCACUUCUGUAAGAAAGUUUGUGGAGCAGAACGUGAAUGCGGCCAUGUAUGUCCUGGAAUAUGUGGUCAGUGCAAUUUAAAAGGAAAGCACGAUAAAUGUCAAGUCCAAGUUGACCACCAGUGGCCAUGUGGUCAUACAGAAAACGUGCCUUGCUACAUAACAAAGUCAAGCAAUCAAGAUAUAGACAGAAGUUUCUUGACAUCAGCUCUGGCACGUCCGCGCCUAUCUUCAACGUCCAGCUAUGCUUGCAAGCAAGUGUGUGGAGCAAAACGUGAAUGCGGACAUGUAUGUCCUGGAAUAUGUGGUCAGUGCAAGUUAAAAGGAAAGCACGAUAAAUGUCAAGUCCAAGUUGACCACCAGUGGCCAUGUGGUCAUACAGAAAACGUGCCUUGCUACAUAACAAAGUCAAGCAAUCAAGAUAUAGACAGAAGUUUCUUGACAUCAGCUAUGGCACGUUCGCGCCUAUCUUCAAUGUCCAGCUAUGCUUGCAAGCAAGUGUGUGGAGUAAAACGUGAAUGCGGACAUGUAUGUCCUGGAAUAUGUGGUCAGUGCAAGUUAAAAGGAAAGCACGAUGAAUGUCAAGUCCAAGUUGACCACCAGUGGCCAUGUGGUCAUACAGAAAACGUGCCUUGCUACAUAACAAAGUCAAGCAAUCAAGAUAUAGACAGAAGUUUCUUGACAUCAGCUCUGGCACGUUCGCGCCUAUCUUCAGUGUCCAGCUAUGCUUGCAAGCAAGUGUGUGGAGUAAAACGUGAAUGCGGACAUGUAUGUCCUGGAAUAUGUGGUCAGUGCAAGUUAAAAGGAAAGCACGAUGAAUGUCAAGUCCAAGUUGACCACAAAUGGCCAUGUGGUCAUACAGAAAAGGUGCCUUGUUACAUAACACAGUCCCGCUUUCAAAAUAUUUCAAGAAAUGCAAUAACAUAUGCUCGCCUGCAUUCACGUCUGUUGUCAACGCCCAGUCGUACGUGCAAGCAAAUUUGUGGAGCACAACAGGAUUGUGGUCAUGCUUGUAAGGGAAUAUGUAGUCAGUGCAGCAAAACAGGCAAGCACCCCAUUUGUGAAGAACCAGUUGUGCGUGUCAGAGAUUGUGGACAUUCUGAAGAAGUACCUUGCAACCUGCCAAAACUCCAGUAUGCCUGUAAGAAUGUCUGUGGAUCAAAUCUUCAGUGCGGACAUCAAUGUAAUGGUAUAUGUGGAAAAUGCAACAUAAAGGGAGAACAUGAAAUAUGUAAAGCUCCAGUGAAGUACCGUAGAAAGUGUGGCCAUGUUGAGGAAACUCCUUGUCACGGGACGCCAUCAGAGGAUCUGCCUUGUAAGGAGAUCUGCGGCGUAAAACUUAAAUGUGGGCACACAUGCAAAGGAACAUGUUCUGAGUGUUUGCAAGGAAUCGUUCAUGUAGCAUGUCAAGAGAAAUGCAUGUUGCCCCUUCCGUGCGGACAUACUUGUGGCGGUUUCUGCAGUACACCUUGCCUGCCAUGUACCCAGCAAUGUCCCAACCAGUGCCGCCAUGGAGCAUGUUUUCGGGAAAGAAAACCUCCCCUCUGCAGCCAUACUUGCCCUCCUUGCACGGCCAGCUGGAAUUAUAGAUGUCCGCAUUUGCAAUAUACGAGAGUUUGUUCCAAAACCUGCAAUGUUAAGCCUUGUGCUAAAUACUGCAAAAAGUAUAAAUCUUCAUGCCAGCAUCCAUGUUCUGGGCUCUGUGGAGAGCUUUGUGUCUGCGCAAAAUGUGACAAAAUCUCGGAGAUUACGCAACACUUUGUACUAGAUGAGGUUAACAGAGCGACCAGAAAUACUAAACCAUCCCCAGGCUCACAGGGUGAUACAAACAGAGAAGCAGAAAAUGAAAUCUCUAAACAGAAGAGUGAACAACGCGGAAGUAACAAUAAGCAGAAUCAACAACUGUUUAAAGUCAAUUCAUGCGGCCAUGUCUUUUACAUUGAUGAAAUUGACAAAUAUGUAAACAGAUUUAGUAACAGUGGCACCUCUUAUAUUCCGUGUCCAGUAUGUCAAAUACCAAUCCAGAAUUGCGUUCGUUUUGAAAAUAUCGACAUAGUGAGAAGCAGAAGUAGGGCAGUUGAGAAAGAAAAGCUCCAGCGUGAGACUGAAGUAUCAGACAAACAAAAAGCAGACUUACUUGCAUCUCAAAGGUCCCUCAAGCCUUCUCUUGAAAUCAAGGACUUCGUAACUACUGAUAUAGUAAAGGUUACCAAUAUUGUGAUGCUUCGUGCUGUCUCCUUUCAAAUAAAAUGCGCGUUUGUUCUCAGUACAAUUUUGUCUGUAAUAAAGAGCAAGGAAGAAUCCGCAACCAUACAGCUCUUGAGAACCCGGAAAAAUGCAGUGUUGAACAUCAAGGGAAGAUUAACGAACCAGCAAAAGGAAGAAUUUAUAACAGAACUUCUGCGAUGCUUCUGGUUCUACUGUCUGUCUGAUCUAGACAAAAUCAACGUACCUGACGAUAUCCAAGAACCAGAUGAUAAUGAAAUGGAGACAGAGCUCAAGGCAGUCAUCAAAGAUCUUGGCGAAUUUAAAGCUACACCCGACAUUUUAACCAGAGCUGAGAUUGUGUUUCAUAAAAGAAACAAAAGGAUACACGAAGUAGAAAUUUUCAAGAUUUGCCCAAACCUGACAACCCAAACCCGACCCCGGAGACAUCAGUCCCAGAACGUGAUGACCAUGCUGGGUAAUUUUUCAUGUUCACUGUUUGAAAGUCAUAUUUGUCAGUAUGCUUCUUUAUGGCAUAGAAAUCAUGCGGUGGGACAUGAAUAG